ACGCUGUAUUUGGGAAGACUAUGCAAUCGAAGAGGAAGGAGAUGAAGAUGGAGUUGGUGUCAUGUGAGAGGAGGUUGCAAAAACUUAUAAACAAGAGCACAUUUAAACACUGUACAAAUUAUACUGAAAACCUGAACGCUGUCGCUUUGGAGAAUAAAAUUAUUAAAUUCGAUAAACCUAUAUAUAUUGGAUUUGCAGUACUGGACAUAUCAAAAACAAUGAUGUAUGACUAUCAUUACAAUGUAAUGAAGAAACACUAUGGUCCUAGAUUAACUCUUAUGUAUACUGACACAGAUUCAUUAGUAUAUCACAUUCAGACGGAUGAUUUUUAUGUAGACUUGGCGGCUAACAGUAACUUGUUGGACCGGAUGGACACCGCCAACCUGCCCAGUGGCCAUCCAUGUUAUGUUGUAGAUAGGAAGAAGUCCCCAGGGUACUUUUCUGAUGAAGUGGAUGCUAAUAUUAUUACUGAGUUCUGUGCGUUGAGGGCCAAGUCGUAUGCGUUUAAUGUAUAUGCUGGACCAGAAGUCAGAGUAGGAGGAGGAGAGAAAAUUAAAGCGAAGGGUAUCAGGUCUCAUGUGGUUAAAAACCACAUGACAUUGGAAGAUCAUAGGAAGUGUUUGUUUGGGGAAGAAGGAGUAGAGUUAUACAGAGAUAAUGUUUCAAUUAAGUCGUUUAACCACCAACUGAUGACGAUAAAAACAAAGAAAUUGACAUACAACAGCUACGAUGAUAAGAGGGUGGUGCUAGAAGAUAAAAUAAAUACACUAGCCCAUGGUCAUUAUAGUAUAGAGGAAGAUGAUAUAUGGCCAGAACUUGAGGAAGAUGGGGGGAACUGGAACGAGGAAGAGAAAGGAUUAAUGAUAGGUCUUCUACAUUACAUAACCUGAUUUUAUAUAUUGUAUAUU